UAACUCCGUCAAAACUAACGCUACUUCCCCGCCCUACUGGGAAACCAACCGACUCCCUCAAGACCCUGACGGUGCCAUUAUUCCGUUCAAAACUUUAAACAACCUCUCUCUUCUCUUGCCCUUAAUCCCUUCUCCUUCUCCAUAACCCCUCCCUCCCUCCAUAUCGUAGUCCACCCAAACCUCCAAGAUGAAGAUGAUGUGAAGAUCUCUCUCUCUCUCUCUCUCUCUCUCUCUCUCUCUCUCUCUCUCUGUGGAAUCGAGUUCGCUUGGAAAUCGACAACUCUGAAAAGAAAAAGGAAAAAAAAAAGAUUAGGCGUAGUUGAUCUUGUUGUUCCACCUAUGGUCGUCAAGCUCUGUUCAAUUGUGCGAUAGAGAGGAACUAUUGGACUUGAGCAUGUGGGGGAAUGGUUCUGGAUGAAUUAUAAUAACUCGAUAGACUUUUGCUAUUGUAUGUGAGUGAGGAUGGGUUCUGCCUGUUGUGUUGCUGCGAAGGACUGCACUAUACCUAACAGAACCAGCCCUGAAAUCUUACAUAGGAAUGCCAGAUAUUCACCAUCAUGGAGCUUUCGGUGGGAGAAUCGGGGGCGUGUAGCGGGUGAAGUGGAGAAUCAUAUAGAUCAGUUUUCUCGUGGAAGCAGUGGGAAUUUUUGCCUGGAAAUAAAGGAACAUAGGGAUGUGGAAAUGGGAGAUGUUUCUGAUGGAGGAAGUCCACUGGAGAAUUUUCGAACACCCACUCGGCAGAAAUUCCCUGUUCACGAAGGAACCGCUGUGAAUCUGAGGACUCCAGCUCCUGAUCCAUCCUUGGGAAACGAUUUGUCUACUGUGGUGAAGGAUUUAAGAGAAUCAUCUGCAGUUGCUGACCCUCCAGUAUCAAUGGUUUCAUUUUCUGUAGCUUCAACCUCCUGUUCAUCAACAUCCAAACCAGACCCUUUAUCAUCUCAGAGCCACACUCUUCCUACCGACUCAGCUCCGUCAAUGCAAGCCAACAGUUCACCUGGACACCAUCUUGUGAGGCAGGUCUCCCAAAACCAAAUACCUGGAUUGAAGUCACCAAACAACUCAGUGUCUGAAGGAAGACAAUCAUUUGUGUUUUCUAUGUGCAGCAAUGACCCUACAUUGGGCUCCCAAGGAGGCUCUUCAGAUGGUUGGUCCAUGCAAGCCUUCUCUGAGCUCGUGGCUUCUUCUCAAAGAGAAAGGUGGUCGUUUGACUGUGAUAGCAUGUGCUCUAGCCGUGGCAAGUUAACCAGAUCCAAUAGUCGGCUGUCAAUGUCUCCAUCUGUUGAUAUGCAAGCAUGUGGAGUAUGCUCAAAGCUUGUGACAGAGAGAUCUAUAUGGAGCAACCAGAAAAUAAUUGCCACUAGUGAGCUCGCUGUGGUUGCUGUUCUUGUGUGUGGGCAUGUGUUCCAUGCGGAGUGUUUGGAGCAUAUGACACAUGAGAAGGAUAGAUAUGACCCUGCAUGCCCGUUGUGUAUUGCUGGAGAGAAGCAGGUUUAUAAGAUGUUCCGGAAAGCAUCGAGAAUGGAAGCAGAUUUGAGGGCAAAGAACAAUAGGAUAUCCAGAAACCAGGUCGUGGAUAGUGAUUUGGAAGAUGACUCUAUCGUACCUGACAACCAGAAAGGUAGUGGACGGCAGGGAAAACUUCUAAAGUUGGGUUCUAGCUCCAGCAUUAGGAGUUCCUUCGGGAAGCCUUUCUUGAGGCGUCACUUCUCACUUGGUUCAAACAGGAGUAGAUCAUCCCUGUUGGAAAAUGAUUCUCCUAGAAGGAAGGGGUUCUGGGCAAGAUACCGAAAGGAGUAAGCGCCCCAGCUGGUAAGAGGAGUGAGUGCAGCGCUGCAGCUCCAUCUCUUAAAUGUUUUGUUCCUUUUGUCAUUCCAAAUGGGGAUUACUGGAAUCACCAUUUCCUUCCCAAUGCUCCUAAUAAAUAGUGUUCUUCAUUGCUUAAAUGUAAUUUCAUUUCCUGGGGGGAACACUUGGGAGCUUCUGUUUCAUGCAGAGAUGCAAGUAAACCCCAACAAUCAACUACCAUCCUCACACCUUGCGUGAUUGUAUUCCAAAUCUUCAAGUCUCGGUAUGACUUGCAGUGUUUUCAAGAUGGCCUAAGUGUGAACAUAUCAAUUAUAUUAUCUAUUGAAUCGUUGAUUAUAUAAA